AUGUCCUCUGAGCAACAAGCAAGAGAUUUAAUCAACCAAGCGCAAAAGAAGCUUAACUCUUGGUCCUUUUUUGGUCCAUCUAACAAAUACGAAGAUGCAGCUGAACUCUAUGAAAAGGCCGGAAAUAUGUUCAAGCUCGCUCAACAAUGGAAUAAUGCUGGCGAUGCCUUUAUCGAAGCUGCCAAGUUAUUUCAAAAGGGUAACAGUGCCAAAUUUGAAGGAUCUAGAGCAUAUGAAAAUGCCUCUAAAAGUUAUAAGCGAAGUGACCCAGCAGCUGCUGUGAAUGCUUUGCGUGAGGCUGUUGUGCUUGAUCAAGAAGGUGGUAAUUUCAGAGCUGCUGCUAGACAUUAUCAAGAUAUUGCAGAAUUAUGUGAAUCCAGUGAACUCGAUCGUCCCAAAGAAGCAUACGAAGCCUAUGGAAAAGCAGCUGAACUCUAUAAUGCUGACGACUCUCCUGCUCUCUCCAACAAGUGCUUACUCAAAGUAGCUCAAAUUGCAGCCGAUUUGGAAAUGUAUGAUGUUGCCAUUGAGAAGUACGAGCAGGUUGCGGCAGCUUCGAUUGAUGAUCCACUAUUGAAAUGGUCAUUGAAGGAUUAUUGCUUUAAAGCAGGCUUAUGUCAUUUAUGCACUGGAGAUAUGGUCAAGACAAGUCAAGCAUUGGCUACGUACUGUAAUAUGGACAUGUCAUUCGAAUCAACUCGUGAAUAUGGCUUAUUGAAGGGGAUCAUUGACUGCAUUGACCAAGGAGAUAUCGACCACUUCACUCAAUUAGUGUACGAUUAUGACAAGUUGACCAGAUUAGAUGCAUGGAAGACAGCAGUGUUAUUAAAGAUUAAAAAAGGCAUGGAUUCUGAUGAAUUACGUUAA